UGACCUGUUUGAGAAAGAAAAGUUGAAUUUAUUUAUUCAAAUUCAUAAUUAUUAAAUUGCUAGACUGAGUAAAGAUUUAGAAAACAGGACUUUGCAUCUUCACCUUACAAAGAACAAUGAUCUCAAUGUUUUAUGUGGAAUCGAAGAGCCUUGUUUCACUCAAAUAAAACUUUGUACUGAAUAGGAAUGAUUCAAACUGAAUGAUUCAGGAAUGACUCACUACAGCAAGGCAUUUUAUUAAUAGUUUAGUCUUACAAGAUCCCAAUGUUUCUGGUGACAAUAGCUUAACAUCUAAGGAACAUUUUAAUGCACAUGAAGGGAACAUAACUGUUAUAAAUUCCAAUGGAGUAGGUAAGAUGACAUUCAUUUGCAGAGAGGAUAAAGCAUACACAUGUGAAAUUUGCCGCAAAGAAUUUUUUAAAAAGAAAUAUUUACAAAAUCACCAGCGAGUUCAUACUGGAGAACAAAGAUACAAAUGUUACUUAUGCAGCAAAGGUUUUUACCACCGCUCCAAACUGAACAGACACGAGCUGUGUCAUUUCAAACAAAAAACUUACAGAUGUCUGACCUGCAACAAGACAUUCUCUGUUCUAUCGAAACUUAAGAGACAUCUGAUGAAGCACACAGAGAACAUGUAUAAAUGUCCAGUGUGCCAGAAAGGCUUUUCCUGUCUGUACUACUUAAACUGUCACUGUAAAAUUCACACUGGAGAGAAACAGUUCCAUUGCAAUCAAUGUGGCAGUGACUUUUCACACCGAUCCAACUUUGCUCGCCACUUAAUUAUUCACACUGGAGAAAAGCCUUUUAAAUGUCAGAUUUGUUACAAAGGAUUUUCUGAGAAAGGUUAUUUGAAGAAACAUCAGGUUGUUCAUUCCAGGGAAAAACCAUAUCACUGUAACCUGUGUCAUAAGAAGUUUUCUUUCUUAUCAAAGUUAAGAAAACAUGAAACUACUCAUAAUACCGGACAGCAGUUCAUGUGUCUUACCUGUAACCAGAUGUUUUAUCUAAAGGAGCAAUUAAAGGCUCACCUUUUAACUCAUACAGGUGCUGACAUCCACAACUGUGAGUUUUGUGGAAAAAUUUUCCUCUGUAAAACUAAAAUGAAGCGCCACCUUGUGGUUCAUACUGGGGAAAAACCAUUCAAAUGCUAUGUAUGCUUUAAAGGAUUUUCAGAAAGAGCCUACAUGCAAAAGCAUCUAGUUGUACAUACUGAGGACAAAAGAUUUGUGUGUCAGUUGUGUAAUAAAAGAUUUCCCAACCCUGCUAAGUUAAGAUAUCAUGAAGUAAUUCACAGUUGUCAGUCUAUAUAUAAAUGUCUUAUGUGCAAUAAAGUGUUCUGUGUUUUAAGUAGGUUUAAUCUUCAUGUGGCUAGUCAUAUUGAGGACAAAUUUACCCUGUGCUCUCUUUGCGGCAGAGCUUUCUCUUCCAUCUACAAUUUAAAAAGACACCAGGCCCUAAAAUGUAACGAUAAAGAAAUGAAUUUUAAGUUUGCAUCGUGUGAUGAAUUGUUCUUGAAAGAAGACAUUUCGGAAAAGCAAUUUUUAAAUCUUUCUGAGCGAAAUCAGGAAGUAUCCACUCAGAAAUUAUGUACAAAGAACCAUGAGUUUGAUGAUGAGGGAAAAUCUUUUCACAACAAUAUGUCAGGUGAAGUAAUUCUAUACAGACAUGACAACAUCAAGGUGUUCCAAUGUCACCUGUGUGCUAAAGUUUUCACCAGAAGUAACUAUAUAAAAAAACAUCUCUUGGUUCACUCUGGUGUCAAACCAUUCGAAUGUGACACUUGUCAUAAAGGAUUUUUGACUCACUAUAAUUUGAAAAGACAUCAGCUGAUUCAUACUGAAAUAGGAAGCAGUUGAAUGUCUUAAGUUUUGAGUGAAAGUAACAGAAAGUUCUUCAUAAAAGUAAUAGUUGGCUGACUUGUGCCUACAAAUAUCAGCCCUGGUUUGGACAAAGUUGUGUACACACCAUCAUCCCACUAGACAUGGUUAAUUUUUUUUUUUUUAACAUAAUAAAAGAAUUGUUUUGGACAUGUGAGACUGAAAUCUUUUUAACAUCCUUUAUUAGUCAUUGUAAGAAAUAGCUUAACAUCAUCAUAAGUCUAAAUAUGAGUUGGGGUUUUUACACCAUUGAAUCAAUGUUUCUUUUUUGUCAUUCCGCAGUUUAAAGUAAUAUUGAUCUUAUGUAUUUGUUUUGCUUUAAAAGUAACUCUACAUAAAUAUUUGGAUGUGAACUCAUGUAUCAAUAAGUGUUUGAUACAUUGGUGUUACUUAGUAUAGGAGUGUUUGAUACAUAGGUGUUUCUUAAUAUAGUUGUCUAGGAUUGUUUGAUACAUUGGUGUUUCUUAGUAUAGGAGUGUUUGAUACAUUGGUGUUACUUAGUAUAGGAGUGUUUGAUACAUUGGUGUUUCUUAGUAUAGGAGUGUUUGAUACAUUGGUGUUUCUUAGUAUAGGAGUGUUUGAUACAUUGGUGUUUCUUAGUAUAGGAGUGUUUGAUACAUUGGUGUUUCUUAGUAUAGGAGUGUUUGAUACAUUGGUGUUACUUAGUAAAGGAGUGUUUGAUACAUUGGUUUUUCUUAAUAUAGGCGUAUAGGAGUGUUCGAUACAUUGAUUUUUCUUAAUAUAGGAGUAUAGGAGUGUUUGAUACAUUGGUGUUUCUUAGAAUCAGAGUACUGGUAUGUGAAGUUUUGUACAGUAUUGACUGCAUAUAUAAGAUAGGUGUUAGCCUAUGCAGUAUAUAGGCAAUAUAUGUAUUGUGACUAUGCUCAUCCUCUGUUAAUAUUCCCUUUCUGUUGAGCUGUGCACAUGAUAACAUUCUCCAUUCCAUUGAAAGGAAAUCACACCAAUUGAACUUUUGGAUAAACUGCAU